CGUGAGGGAAGCGACGCGAAGUUUCAGUCAUUAAUCUACACCUUCCGCUUGCCGCGCACUCUCUACCUGCCAGUUGAAUGUGGCCGCGGGUGCAAGUAGAGGUCUAUGGGGCUACCAUCGACUGGGACUUAGACCCCCCUGAACUCAUAGAGGGGGAUCUGGUCGAGCUCACGAUCCCCGGACGCAGCAUUCGACACGCUGACGGCCAGUUUGCGUGGAGGUCCAUAAUCCUGUCCGAGGACGUGUGGCUUUGGAUGUAUAGAGAGCACCGGUCGGGACAAGGAGUGGGCGUAGUGAGAGCCUACUUGUAUUUGGGACCGGGUGCGGCCAAAGAGGUCGUGGUGGGCCUCGCGACGAUAGGGAGUAGUGAUGCGGUUAGCAGGGCGCUACGCUACCUAGGGGAAGAGGUGGCUGCUUUCCGAGCGGAGGACGCGAGCGACCCGUUGACCUUAUUUCACGGACGCCCUCCUCUUGAUAUCACGGGCGAGCUCGUAAUAGCACGAGACGAGUUUUUCCCGUACAGCGUUAGGAGCCUGCGGGCGAUAAUUCCGACGGACGAUGAGAUAGACCGAGACCGCAGAGAUCGCGAGCCGUUUGUGCGAGCAAGGAGGCUGGAUGAUUACCCACGAAACCCUCGCUAUGAGGCCGACCGGGGUAGAGGCGACUCCCGCGACCAAUGGGAGAGGGACGGCAGAUACGAGAGAUCGGACCGGCACGGAUAUAGGGACGACAGAUAUGAGAGUUCGGGUCGACAUGGCUACAGAGGAAGUAGAUAUGAGAGAGGAGAUAGGGACUGGGAACAACAAGAAGGGUCACGUGGACGGUUUGAGCGCGGGGGAGAAGCGAGAGAGCAGCGCGACGAGACGCGAGGAUGGUACAACCGAGGGGACCGACGCGAUGAGUCGCAAGGACGAUAUGAUUCGGGGGACCGCCGGAAUGAUUCGCGAGGGCGGUAUGAGCAAGGAGGGUUUGGAGGAGACAGGCGCAACGAUUCGCGCAGUCGGAAUGAGAGAGGGGGAUAUGGUGUCUCAUCAGAACCAUAUCCAAAGUCGCCUGACCCCAACGAGGCCAGGAAACCGAUGUCUAGGGGCGCAGACGACGGGGCGUCUACUCCCAGGAACUCAUGCGUCUAUUGUAGGGGAGAAGAUCAUAUCAAGAGGGAUUGCCCGGACCUUAAACAGGCAAUAGAAGAGGGACUUGUCGUGCUUGACGACCGCAAGUACGUCAAGUGGGCAGACGAUCUCGGAGAUGUAUCGAUGUUCCCUUCGAUGAAAGAGAAUGUCGAAGCAAGGAGAAUAAAGACGAGUAGAGGAAUGGACCCGGUCAGGAGCCAGAAUAUCAAGAUAACCUUUGAGGGGGACAUGGCGACGACACCCAUAAGGGUGGCAGCCACCAAGUCGGCGAGAGGGUCUACAUCGAAGAAAACUGAUACGGAUUACGUGAUGGCGGAGAAGGACGGGCAACGGAUUGAUGGAGAGGAGGUUAUCCUUUCGCCGCGAAAGCGGGGAGUGAAGAAGUUCUUAAUGAAGAAAUCGCUGGACGAGAUUGACACGGUCGAGCCACUGAAGCGGGCCCUUCGGCAACCCAUGCAGUGCUCUAUUCUGGAGUAUCUGGCAGCAUCGAAGCCGGCUCGUGAUGAGCUACAGAUGAUCACGCGGAAGACUCGCAUACCUCUAUCGGAGGAGGGUCAGGGGGCCCUUAAGGUGGAAGUUUCUACGGUAGCAGUAACUGGAGUGACUGCCAGAGCGGAUCGCAUGGCGACAGUCCUUCUGGAUGGAAUGGAAGGUGUGCCUCCAGACAAGUUUUAUAUACUUGGUAGCGGAGCCGUGGAGACGAUUAUAAACAAUGGAGCGGUACUCGAUGCUGUGAUUGAUAACGGCAGUGAGGCUGUCAUCAUAGACGAGGACCUGGCGGUACAAGUUGGACUGGGCCUCGAUAGGUCAUACCUAUUCGAGAUAGAGACGACUGAUGGGAGAAAGCAACAGAUCACUGGGGUUUGUCACAAGACAGCCAUAGAGGUCCAAGGGGUGCGGGUGACCCUGCCUGUCUUUGCAGUCAAGAACUGCAGCUCCGACCUGCUCUUGGGUCGAACGUGGCUCAGUCACGUGCAUGCGGUGACGAUAGAGCGACCUGAUAGGAGCCAAACAUUGUCCAUUAAGAAACCAGACGGAACGCGGGUGAUGAUUGAGACAGUGGAGCCUCGGGACCCGAGGAACAGAGCAGCUCUCGCUGUGGGUGCAAGACCCGAUGAUCAGAUUAAGUCGUUGCCUAUCUCCGGCCGCGCGGUGCGAUUCCGCGAGAAGAAAUAUGGACCACUGCUCACAGAGGAAGAAGGUCGGAUGGUGGAGGUCGAAGACUUAGGGAGUCGGUUAAUAGUGAACGGCAACUCGUACCCAAAGGAAAAAGAGGAGGAAUUUGGCGGUGUGGUAUCUGUGUCUUUUUUAAGGGCACGGCCCCCUAUGGGGGGCUCCCCAAGCGACACAAGGGAGUAGCUCAAAAAGUUGGGCCGGCGGCGGUGGGCCGCGAGCGAUCGGCACUGGAAGGGGUAUCAGAAGAAGAGAUCGCGAAAGAAAUCAAAGAAAGAAAGAAAAACGAGCCGCAACGCCUAACGGAAGAGAGGAUAGCAGGGAUGGACAUCGGAGAUGGAAAUUUGACCCCACAGGAGCGAGAACGUGUGAUAGAAAUCCUGAAGACAUGUGAUAAGGCCAUAGUUUUCAGCGACGUGGAGCGCGGUAGGAUUGACCCCCGAUACGCUAAGCCAGCUAG